AUGUCAACAUCAACGAGAGCAGACAACAAAACUGUCGGAGAAAUGAGCAAAAAGGACUUGCUUUCUUUAAUCAAUCAAGCACUGCAGCCUGUUACGAAAACCCUUGGAAAUCUGAAAACGGAAGUGGAGGGGCUGAGAAAGGAAUUGAAGGAGAAAGAUGCACAAAUUCAAGUACUGAGUGACAAGCUAGAUGAGAGAGAACAAUAUAGCAGAAGGAAUAACCUUCGCAUCUUUGGUGUCAAGGAGGAAGAAGGGGAAAAGACUGACGAAUUAGUCAAACAAGUCGGCGCGCAGCUUGGCUUGAAUAUAUCGCAGUUUCAAAUAGACCGUUCUCAUCGAGUCGGCAGGCGUGGAACUGGGGACAAACCUCGCCCCAUUCUAGUAAAGUUCUAUGGUUAUGGCCCCCGCCAUGAGAUGUUUACUUCAAAGAAAAAACUGAAAGGCACCAAAUUGACAAUCCGCGAAGAUCUAACCUCUCAACGACUAGAUGUGUUAAAUAAAGCCAUAGAAGCCUAUACUUUCAGAAAGGUUUGGACUCAUGAUGGAACUAUCUUGAUCAAUGCUGGUGAUGCACGGCCUAGCCGUGUAAAAUAUACUGCUGACCUAGAAGAUAUCAUCAAACGGUUCCCACCUGGAAAUUAG